GCGCGCGCACUCUCGGGUGUCGCCCAUUCGGCCCGCCGCGGAGGCCCAGGCCGGGUCCACAGCCCCCGCCAUGGCGAGUUUCUUCAGGCGCAAGUAUAAGAGCGGGGACCUGGUGUUCGCCAAGUUAAAGGGUUAUGCCCACUGGCCGGCCCGGAUAGAGCAGAUGGCCGAGCCCAAUCGCUACCAAGUGUUUUUUUUCGGGACCCACGAGACGGCCUUCCUGGGCCCCAAACACCUCUUCCCCUACGAGGAGUCCAAGGAGAAGUUCGGCAAGCCCAACAAGAGGAGGGGCUUCAGCGAGGGGCUGUGGGAGAUCGAGAACAACCCCAUGGUCCAGGCGUCUGACUACCAGCUGGUCCAGGAGAAGAGCUGCGUGGACGGGCCGGGGCCCGCGCUGGAGGAUGGCGAGGGCGUCGUGGCCAUGAAGCGCAGCGCGCAGGACGAGGACGGCGGUGACCAGCAGGGGAAGCCCGUCGAUGAGCUGGUCCAGAGGCCUCUGAAGAGGAGCGCCGGGGAGCUGCUGGAGGAGGCCACCCCCAAACGUCCCAGGGAGGCCGACCCUGAAGGAGAGGCCAGUGAGGCCGCAGCCCCCGCGCACGGGCCGCUCCUGGUGGAGGUGGAAAACGACAGCGCCUCGUCUGAACCAGGCCCGGCCUGGGGGCUCCCCAAGGGGGGGCAGGAGCGGAAGCCGGAGGAAGAGGCCCAGGCGCCGGGCGUCGGAGACCACGCGAGCCUGUAGUCACCAGUGUUUCAAGAAGAGCCCCCCACCCCUGUUCCUGCUGCUGCCUGGCUGUUACUGGGGAAACUCGCCAUGGCCUGCAAGAUGGAACCUGCCCCCACCCCACGCGCUGUUCUUCACCCCUGACUCCCCCUCUCCAAGCCCGGCCAUUAGGGGUUGGCCUGCUUGGGACAGGCUAUCUGCGCCUCACCUGUGUGAUCUGAGUCAGGGCCUCUGUUCCCUGGGUAGGGAUGAAGCCACCGUGUCCCUCGCUGCUUGGAACUGUUUCCCAAAGGCUUCUGGUGAGGCCUGGAACUUGUGUUUCCAUCUCCUGAUACCCCUUCCCUCCUUCCACAGGCGUUUAGGACUCUGCCUUGGAAUCAGGGCUGGGAGAAGGGGUGGUCUAUAAUGCAAAGGGGGACUUCUGGGGUCCUGGACCUGGCAAGCCUCAAAAUGUGGUAGUGAGGAAGGCAAGAGAGUGACAUCUUACAAAACACCUGUCUGUGCUCCCAUGUACCUGUCAUCCCAACUGUCUAGAUUCAGGAAUGGAGGGGCUUCCUUCCAAAAUUACUUCUGCUGACCCAGGAAAUUCUGGGAGUUGGAGUAUUUCACCCACACCUGGUCGGCCGAAGGGGGCUUUUAUGUUUGUAAGAUCUGAAGGCUUAACUUUAUCCAGUUUCUUGGAUGGGACUAGUAAGGAGCACAUGUCGUCAUUUAGAGCUUCAUUUAGAUCUCUGAGGCCACAAGGGAUAUUCUGGGGAGACUCCUGACUACUCCUUUUCCACUCCUACCAGCCACAAGACCGCUCUGUAGUUAAAUACAUCACCCAGGUAUAGAAGAAAAGGUACAGAACCUAGCAAACCUUUUUAGUAAAAGGAAAUUUAUUUUGAAAUGAACAUCUGCCCUUUACCUCCACUUUGCUCAUGGUUUUCCCACUCCUAUACUGUAUUUCAGAGUGAACCAAGGGGUUUCUUUCCUAUUUGGGAUUUAAUGACUUUCUUUUCCGAAGGAGGGCUUUGGUGUUCCUCUACAGUGCCAUCUUCUGUCUGCAACCCCUGGCCCGGAACCUGGACCCUUCAGUGUUGUCACCUACUGAGAGGACAUGGAAAAAAGUGCCCCCUCCUAACCUCUUCCUAGUGGUCUGCACUGUCUCUUUUAUUCCUGCUCUUCUCCCUUGGGCUCUGAUGAAAAAACUGUUGACUGUAGCUUUGGAAGUUUAGAUCUGAGUUAUUUCAGUUCUAGGAAAUAAAACCUGUUGAUGAAACAAAUUUUUUCAGGUCUUUUCCU